AGCAGCUCACCGUGACAGCAUGACGCCUUCACUGGGAACAUCACUCCUUAUACUUCUCACUGCUUCGGCAGUUGAGGCGGGGUGCCCUUCAAAACACCCGGCGGGGGAGGAGCAGACCGACCUCGUAUCUGGUGUGAAGGGAAUGACGUGUACCGACGUCAUGACUACUUGGAAGGGAAGAGGGCCUAUCGUUCUCGCUUACUGCCAGGCAAACGGCGAGUGGGAGCCUUCUGACGUCGCCUGUACAUCCUUGAUGUCAAAGAGAAGAGGCUGCAGCGACCCUCCUCCAGUCCCUGCAAACACCAAGGAGAAACACACCUUUAAGGACGACAACAAGGUGGUGUACGGCGUGUAUUAUACGUGCGAUAAACUAGCCUGGUUAUCCGGGGAGCCAGGGAGACUGACGCAGUGUGUAGAUGGUGUUUGGUCGGCGGUGCUGGAUUCAUGUGAAGAAGAUUGCGAGUUUCCCCGGGACUGUUACGCCAUCUCCUUCAUGGGUUUGGUAGAGAGUGGUAUCUACGUUAUCUUGCCUUCAGGCGAUUCUUCCGAUUCUACAGUCCAGGUGUAUUGUGACCUGAACGACACAACUGUUCCUGGAGGCAGCGGCUGGACCAACAUCUUCAGGCAUUACUCAGGGCUGCAAGACUUCAAUGAUCUACAGUUCUCGGACUUCUUGACAACGAUAGGGAGCGCGGAAGCAUCUGAGGAGUCGAGUUACUUCAUUGGUCUGGAGGCACUGGCAGCCCUCAACCGGAAGCCGGAUGGUAAAGAUCGACCUGGUGUUGAGGUAAGGUCCUGAUGGAGGUCCUGUCAGUGCUACUACUACUACUACUAC